AACAGUUUCCACCCGGACAUAUUACACUGCUGCACGCCGGCAAACCUGAAAACAGACCUCACACAUGCCGUGACAGCAGCAAUAUAUCCUGACAUUAGACCGUGGCUAAUGAGACAGUUAAGGUUUACUAAAUAAAAUGUCGGAGGCUUCACACAGAGCAGAGAAACCUCCACCUCCGAACUGGAUCCUUCAGCAUCCGGCGUAUCUGCAAAUGAAGAGUCUAGAGGUUGAAGACAGUGAACAGCUACACGCAGCUUUCCUCGUGUACAUGGAUCUCACUGAGGUGCGUCAGUGGAAAGAGGUGUCUUGUGUCAAGAGCCCUGAGCUGCAGAUGGUUUUGCUUGAAGCGAGGGAGAAGGAAGAAGCCCCCGUCCAGACGAUUCUUCCACUUCCUGUUCACCGAUCUCUGAGCCACAAAAGCAUACGUCACGUGCUGGACAGAGGCUUUCCUAUGUUGCUGUGUGCCGUAGCUGCUGACUCCACCCUGGUCUACCAGAGGAUGACUGACGGAUUGGUGACGCCAGACCCUCCUGUUGGACCCUUCCAGGAUUUAGGUCGCCGGCAGCACCGGAAGAGACGGCAGAAGCACUGACCAGCUGGGGAGAGGACACCUUGGUGUUGUCGGUGAAACACAGUCGAUCAGUUGGUCCGUCUGUCUGUGUAAGCUGCUCCUAAAAGAGAGCAUGGCAGCCGGUGCAAAUGGUGCUCUCAGUGAGAAACAGAAACUUGCUUUUGGUUUCGGACUCCUUAAAGAGAGGUUCGUGGACAGUGUGCUCACACCACCGUACACCUCACAGUUUGUGGUCGCAUGCCUUCCUCAAAGUCUUUGAGCAGGACCUGAUGAGUUGGAUCCCAGGGAAUCCACAAGAUAUUCUGGAUAAGUAACUAUUAGAGCCUGACCGAUAGCAGGUGUUCGAGCCCUGCCUCCUGCACUGCUCUGUCAGCUCCUGGUACUUGUUGUUUUGAAUCAACAUUGUUUUCACUAUUGUUUAAACUAUGUUCAUAAAAAUUCCAAAACAUGUCUAAUGUCACAUGAAAUGUUUCAUGUCUUACUAAAUUAAAAUCUAGUACUUGCUGCCUUGUGCUAUCAUGUGACACACACCAGACUGGCAUCAUCGCCAAGGCCACACCUCUUUUCGGGUCUCUGAUCCACUUGGACGAGGAAGACUGACGGGACAUGACUAUGAUCAACCUUAAUUUAUUAAGGUAUCUUGAACGUUCAGGUUAAGGCAGGGUCGCAAAACAUAUAUUAGACAUGUCUAUAGAAGAAAUGUUUAUUUAACAAGAAAUAAAUGUAUAGAAACUUGUGAAAAUUAUAAUCCAAACAUGUCAAAUUGCAUCGACAUCUGCAGGACCUUUGGUUUUCUGUUCCCAAAAAGGGGCGUGGCCUUGACGUUUUGCGAAAUGUCUGUAUGCGACAGUCUGCUCUGUUGUCGUACGCAGCUAUUUGCCUGCAGGAAUGUCUAAUGAGCGAGUAAAGUUAGCUAACACUAGCAGUUUGCUCAUCCACGAAUGCCUGUGAAGUGCGUGUUUAAUAACAUAUGGCUGUAUUACUAUAUAGGCAAAUCCAUUUAAAGUAAAAUCAUGGAAAUGGGGUAAAAUUUUAUGAAAAGUGAUGGAAUUUUUUUUGAAAAUUAAUUGGUAAAAAGACGUGGUAACCCUGUAUAUGGUU